AACAGGGUAUAUAUAAAGUGAUCAUAAUCCAUUCUGCAUACUAUUUAUACUAUAAACAUUCAGCUGCACAGUUGUAUAUACAUUUAUUUGUAUAAAACCAUCAAAAUGGAAUUUUUAAUAGUAUUUCUGAGUUUUGUAGCAUUUUUUGGGUGUAGUAUUGGCACUGACAUGAAUUCUUGCAGUGAUUUUGAUGGAAUCAAACCGAAUGUCAGUUACUCAAUAAAUUCUUACACGUGUGAAUCAACUCCAUGCGAGUGUAUAUUAGGUUGUGCUGCUGUAAUCAGUGUAACAUUCAAUUCUCCACGAUACCUGGAUAAUAUAAAACCUAGGGCCGUUGCAACUGCCGAUGGUGUUACAUUAGACUAUCCUUUAGGCCAAGACGAUGCAUGCGAUGGUAUAACCAACGCCGUAUGUCCUAUUGAAAAAGGCGAACUAGUAAAUUACAAAUACUCCAUGGACGUACCAAACAUAUUUCCUGAAAUUACUGUUAACUUAAGAUUUUCAAUUGUGGACAAGAAUUUGAAUGAAGACGUCGUGUGUUUUGAUUUUGACAUUUUGGUAAAGAAAAAUAAGGACUGCCCAUCAGCAUAAAUAAAUCCAAAAAAAGCACUUGAAAAUUUUUAAAGAUACUUAUAUGUGUUAUAUAUUUCUUAAUUAUGUUCAGUUUUUUAAUGUUAUGUUUAUUUUUAACUGAGUUUCAGCAUUUGCCAUAAAAAGCGAGCAAUUUGUUACAAAACCAUAUAAAUUAGAUAUCACUGUAAUCACCAAACUUCAAUCUAUUUCCGUAUUGUAACGGAAUUUUAAAUUAUGUCUUUAUUUUAGAGAAAAUUUCGUCCAAACAUAAGAAAUAUUUUAUUGAUGUUUGACCAUCAAAAUCUUAAAAAUAAAAAAGUUGUAUUAAAAAUAAAAAUAAAAAGGA